AUGCUCAUUCGCUGGGAUAUGGUAAAGUUAUCUUUAGAUUCGGGUUUGGGGGAUUCCUGCGACUCCGAUGGGGAGUGCAAGCCUCGGCAUUCCGUGUGUGUCGAUGGAACGUGCGAGUGCGAGCAGAGUCACCUCGAGGAGGGGAAACACUGCAAGAUCCCGGUAGGGGAACUCUGCAGAGAAUCUUCGGAAUCGGAUUGCGUGAAUCACGCCGCCUGCGUCGGGGAUGGAUGGAGAACCUGCCAAUGCCAAGACGCUGGCCAGGUCGUCUUCGUCGUGGAACGCGGACGGUGCAGGAGAAUCCUGGGAAUCGAGGAGUACGUAUGCUUCCCGACUCGAUGGGAUGAGAAUCACUUCGAAGGAUUCCCGAUGAUUGUGGAGGCUGGCAUCGCUUCAGGUCGUGCAGAUCCCGAGGUACCCGUGGGCGUAUAUUGUCAACAUCAUAAAGAAGAUUGCGUGGAAAAUGCAGAGUGUCGGAAGAGAAAACCAAAAGAGUGCGAGUGCAACGAAGACUACAGGGAAGAAAAAGGCCGAUGCGUGCCAGAGAAUGGUGCAGGGUUAGACGAUUUCUGCGAUCCAAGCCUGCAGAAUUGCUAUUCGGAACAUGCUGAGUGCAUCGGCGAGCCCGGUUCUGCAACUUGCAAGUGCACCUCGGACUAUGUACGGGAUGAAGACCUCUGCAUUAAGUGGAAUCCAGGACUGGGCGAACGGUGUGACGCUACCGUCGCAAUUUGCACCCCAGAUAAUUCGGAAUGCGUUGGCGAUUCCGGUUCGAAAACGUGUCGAUGCAAGGAGGGUUUCACUGAAGAUGAUGAAAACUGCAGGCUGCUAUUCCUCGGUGAAUUGUGCGACGAGUGGCACGAGUGCGCAGCUCCGAAUUCGCAUUGCUUCCAAGAUGACGGUGGUCUCUCGACCUGUCAGUGCUUGCCGGACUACGUCCAGGAACAGGAUCGAUGUAGACUGCCACGCCUCGGGGAAGAGUGCGUCGAUGAACUGGAGUCUCCGUGCUCAACCGAGCAUUCCGAUUGUUUCCCGGAUGGGAAUGACAUCCUCACCUGUCAGUGCUCGUUGGGUUAUGUUCAAGAACGUCUUCAAUGCCGGUUGCCUCGCUUUGGAGAGGAAUGCGAAGACGCUGUUGGCUGCGAUGCUGAAAACGAAGUGUGUUUUGAAGGAAAAUGCAGUUGCCCAACUGGAUUCGUCGAAAGCGAAGAGAGCUGUAUCCGUCACUGCACGACAGAUGACAACCUCUUUGACGCCUUGGAGGGAGACAUGAUUGAAACGCCCUGUCCCGAUGGCCAGUACGGCAAGCAGCGACGGUACUGCUCCGAACGUGGAUGGUUGAUGCAUGACUCCUGUCAUUCACUGAGUAAUUGGAUCGAUGAUCUUUGGGGAUUGCUGAACGAUUCGAAUCCUCUGGAAAUCUUAUCCAACUUGACUUCGGCGAUCGAAAGCGAAGAAAAACUAUCAGGAGGCGAAAUCGAAGCCAUUGUAGGUUUCCUUGAACCGUUAUUCGAAAAAUUUAUCGAUGGCAUGGGCGGAGAUGACACGGCUAUGGAAAGCGCUAAGAUGUUCCUCGCGAACUUCACAUCGGUCACCGACCAAGUCCUCAGGGCUGCCGACGGGUGGAAGGAGAUUUCGGAGGUGAAUCGGACGAAAACAUUUUCGUCCCUCCUCAAGACUGUUAGUCGCUACUGUCUCCUUUUAUCGGAAAAGCUCACUGGUUCUGAUCAGUACCUGAAGUUUGCACAGGCAAAAUCGGCAUUAGUGAUUGAAGUAUACGGAAGUAAGAAGAAAGCUGGAUCCAAACCACUCACGUUCCCCAGCAUCGAAAGCAAGACGCAGUUGCGUUUGGGAGAGCAGAAGACGGUGAAUUCCAAACUUUUGAGCUUCGUCGGAGAUGACACGGCUAUGGAAAGCGCUAAGAUGUUCCUCGCGAACUUCACAUCGGUCACCGACCAAGUCCUCAGGGCUGCCGACGGGUGGAAGGAGAUUUCGGAGGUGAAUCGGACGAAAACAUUCUCGUCCCUCCUCAAGACUGUUAGUCGCUACUGUCUCCUUUUAUCGGAAAAGCUCACUGGUUCUGAUCAGUACCUGAAGUUUGCACAGGCAAAAUCGACACUAGUGAUUGAAGUAUACGGAAGUAAGAAGAAAGCUGGAUCAAAACCACUCACGUUCCCCAGUAUCGAAAGCAAGACGCAGUUGCGGGGUCAUUGGGACACGACGGGCUGCCGUGCGGUGUUCUCUGACAGGGAUCAGACGGUGUGUGAAUGCAUGCAUCUGACCAACUUUGGGGUUCUCAUGGACCUACACGGCUAUGUCGGACGUAGCUUGCCGCUGGAAGUACUCUCCAUGUUUUUAUCCUCCCUCUCUAUAAUCGGACUCAUACUUGCUCUGGCCGUUUUCCACAUGAAUAAAGAUGCAAGCCCGAAGUCCAGGGAGCUGAACAUCCAGUUGUGCCUCUGCCUUUUGUUGGGCCAUAUUCUUUUUCUUUUGCUCAUCGAUCGAAAAGUCUUCAACUUAUCAGAGGUCGGUUGCGCCAUCUCCGGAGUUUUUCUGCAUUUCAUAUUCCUCUCCGCAUUCUUGUGGAUGGCCUUGGAGGGCCUGCUCGUCUAUCGGCAACUCGUCCAAGUCUUUCCGACCGGUUACCUCUCCACUCGAGCAUAUUACAUGGUCGGAUAUGCUGUUCCCAUCGGGAUUGUUGGCAUCACGGCCGCUGUGUCCUUCGGCACUAGGACACAAGGAUAUGGAGAUGGAGAAUACUGCUGGCUAUCAUCGCCUUAUUAUAUAUGGACCUUUGCUGGCCCAGUCCUAGUCAUUAUUCUGCUCAACGUUUUCUUCAUGGUUUUGGCCAUACGAUCGCUUAGCCAUAGCGGGAACGUUGGCCAUUCCGGUCGGAAAAGCGACGUACACAUGCUGAGGACA